UCGGUUCACGCCGGCUGGGAACAAAGCUCCGCAUCACGCACGCACAGCGAGCGCGUUACCCGUCACGCACCUGAGCGAACACGCACGCGCACGCGCAGACAUGUCCGCCGCCCUGCACGCGCAGCUAGCUUCCGUCGUGGAGGCGCUCGCGAACGAGGCGCUGGCGCAGAUCUGCGAGCUGGUGACCGGAAGCUACUCGCUGCUGCAGCUCGAGGUGUCGCGCAGCCGCAAAGACAACGAGGCUCUGCGCCGGAAGCUGCGGCUCGCGGACCUGCGCGCGGCCCGCGCGACCGCUCGAGCUCAGCCGCCUGCGCGUCACCAUGGCAACGGCCCGAGGCGGAACCGAGCCCCAGCAGCAGGUGAAGUGGCGGUGUCGGGGGGGGCUUCUCGGGACGCCGCUCCAGUAACGCCGGCUGCAGCUGAAUCGGUCGUCGUGACGAUGGCGGUGAUCAAAGUGGAGGACGACAGCGAGGACGAGUCCUGGUCCCGGGCCGAGCAGAGCGCUGUUUUUUCUCGAGUUGUUGACGAACAGAAGACGGAGACGGAACCUUUGCCCCGGAUGAGUGAACAGGAAGCGGCAGGCGAAGGCCCAAACAACCUGAACUCCAGCCGGGGGCUCGAACCCGCGGGUUAUGGAUGUCUGGUGUACGAGUCACAGCUCCAACAUGGCCCCCCCGCUACCCAGAAUCCUCUGAGUGAGAAUCCCGGCUGCUCCUACGUGCUGAACACCAGUGAGAUGAGAGUCUCCGGUUCGGGCAGCAGCAGCUUUGCCUUCAACGCCGGUGAGACGAGCCUGUCUGCAGCAGAGCUCCAGCAGCCCGCAGUGUUCACAGACAACCAGCAGAGGGCGCCGCUAGCCACAGACAAGCCUCAACAGCCAGUGAGAACAGAGGGGACGGAGAGACGGGCUGCUCUCCUCAGGAGGGACAGGUGGAGACAUCAGGUUCGGGUCGGCAGAGCUGCCAUCCAGAGCGGCGAGGACAGCGGGGGGGGGGUGUCGUUUGUGUGUAACUGCUGCGGUAAAACUCUGGCCUGCCUGAAGAACCUGAAGACCCACAUGAGGGUCCACACCGGCGAGAAGCCUUUCGUCUGCUCGCUGUGCGGCAAGCGCUUCUCCGACUCCAGCAACUUGAAACGCCACCAGAGCGUCCACACGGGAGAGAAGCGCUACGGCUGCGUCCACUGCGGCAAACGCUUCGCUCAGUCGGGCUCGCUGAAGGUUCACAUGAGCGUCCACACCGACUGCAAACAGUUCAGGUGCUGGUACUGUGGCAAGACCUUUAUAUCAGGAAGCCACCUGCGCCGACACGUCACCGUCCAUGCAGGAGACAAACGAGGGCCGCCCACAUGACAGGGACAAUGAUGGUGGGGGGGGUUAAAGGUCAGGGGUCAGAUCCCGGUGGAGCAACAAUGGACAAAACAACACAACAGACCUGAACAGCUGCUGAGCAUCUGUGGAGCUGGGUUUCAGAUCUGGUGUCAACAUGUGGUCACGUGACCCGACCCACCGGACGUGUUCUGCUGGGAUCUGAUCGCUCUCCGACCCGAACAAACAUCGGUGACAUAAGAACCACAUGUUUGAUCCCUUCAGCUAACAUGGAGGAGGCUGGGUUAAUGACCUGUAUUGCUCUCAGCCACUAGGGGGCGAUGGACAUGUUUAGCUUCACUUUUGUUCUGGAGGAACUGAAGUACACAGGUCACAGAAAUACACUGGUUUCCUUUUAAUAGGGUUUUAAUACAUGAUAAACUCUGACUUUAAUUAGUACUGUAAAUGUUAAAUUCUGUAACGCAGCGCCAUCAACAGGCCAACAGAGGAACUACUGCUGUUUGUUCAUUUAGACAUUUUACAGAUUGAAGCACAGUGAUCAACACUGCUGUUGGAUUUCAUUAGUGAAUAUUUUGGUCAUUUCUGACAUCAGAAUUGUUUUAAUUCCAAAUUAAAAUCCAGUUUACGGUUUUCAGAGCAGAGACUUUACAUGGACACAGAAGAGAGGGAUUCAAAUGAAUGUUUAUAAUAAGUGUUUCCACAAGAAGAGAAUCACAUCUCACACUAUGUACAGGAUCAGUAACAACAUGUACAGUAACAACAAUCAGAUCAAAAUUCAUAUUAAAUGUCUUUUAGGAAA